AGUAGCGGGGCGCGGCGGAGCAGGCAGUGCGGGGAGCGCCGCCUCCGCCCGGGGAGCGCGGGGGAGCGGGCGGGCAGGCGGGGAUGAUGCGCGGGGGGACAGCGCGCUAGGGGCAGGAGGAGGGUGGUCGCCCGGAGACUCCGCACCUCGGAGUGACGUCCUGCUGCAGUGCCGCUGCCUGCGCUGCCCGAGCUCGUCAAUGGAGCUGGAAAACAUCGUUGCCAACACCGUUUUGCUGAAAGCCAGGGAAGGGGGUGGAGGGAAACGCAAAGGCAAAAGCAAAAAGUGGAAGGAAAUCCUGAAAUUCCCUCACAUUAGCCAGUGUGAAGAUCUCCGAAGAACAAUAGAGAGAGAUUACUGCAGCAUAUGUGAAAAGCAGCCCAUUGGAAGGCUUCUCUUUCGGCAGUUCUGUGAAACUCAGCCCGAGCUCGAGUGCUGCAUUAGGUUCCUUGACUCGGUGGCAGAAUAUGAAAUUGCUCCAGAUGAAAAGCUGGGAGAGAAAGGAAAGGAAAUCAUGAUGAAAUACCUCACCCCAGAGUCUCCAGCCUAUGUUCCCGAAGUCAGUCAAGAGCUGAUCCAGCAGACAGAGGAGAAACUCGAAAACAGCCCCUGCAAAGAGCUGUUCUCUCCCUGCACAAAAUCUGUCCUUGACCACCUCAGUGGGGAACCAUUCCAAGAGUACCUAAACAGCAUGUACUUCGACAGGUUUCUCCAGUGGAAGUGGUUGGAAAGGCAACCAGUAACAAAAAACACAUUUCGGCAGUACAGGGUACUGGGGAAAGGCGGCUUUGGGGAGGUCUGCGCCUGCCAAGUGCGAGCCACGGGGAAGAUGUACGCCUGCAAGAGAUUAGAGAAGAAGAGGAUAAAGAAGAGGAAAGGCGAAUCCAUGGCGCUCAAUGAGAAGCAGAUUUUAGAAAAAGUCAAUAGUCAGUUUGUAGUCAACUUAGCCUAUGCCUACGAAACAAAGGAUGCACUGUGCUUAGUUCUGACCAUAAUGAAUGGAGGUGACCUGAAGUUUCAUAUCUACAACAUGGGAAACCCAGGCUUCGAGGAGGAAAGAGCUUUGUUUUAUGCAGCAGAGAUCCUUUGUGGCUUGGAAGACCUACACAGAGAAAAUACUGUGUACAGAGAUCUGAAGCCAGAAAAUAUCCUGCUGGAUGAUUAUGGCCAUAUUAGAAUAUCUGAUUUGGGUCUAGCUGUUAAAAUCCCCGAGGGUGAAUCAAUCCGUGGAAGAGUAGGAACAGUAGGGUAUAUGGCUCCAGAGGUGUUGAACAACCAGAGGUACACGCUGAGCCCUGACUACUGGGGGUUAGGCUGUCUCAUUUAUGAAAUGAUUGCUGGGCAAUCGCCAUUCCGUGGAAGGAAAGAGAAGGUGAAGAGGGAAGAAGUGGACAGAAGAGUGCUGGAGACAGAGGAGGUGUACUCCCAUAAGUUCUCUGAGGAGGCCAAGUCCAUCUGUAAAAUGCUCCUCGCCAAAGACGUGAAGCAGCGGCUGGGAUGUCAAGGGGAAGGUGCAGCAGAAGUGAAGAGACACCCCUUUUUCAAGAGCAUGAACUUCAAGCGGUUAGAAGCAGGAAUGCUGGAUCCUCCCUUUGUGCCUGAUCCCAGAGCAGUGUACUGCAAGGAUGUGUUAGACAUUGAGCAAUUCUCCACAGUGAAAGGAGUUAACCUGGACCAAACAGAUGACGAUUUCUAUUCCAAGUUUUCCACAGGAUCAGUGUCUAUCCCAUGGCAAAAUGAGAUGAUAGAAACAGAGUGCUUCAAGGAGCUGAAUGUAUUUGGACCAAAUGGUACUAUUUCACCAGACCUAAACAAAAGCUACCCCCCAGAGCCACCCAAGAAAGGAUUGCUGCAGAGAAUAUUUAAGCGACAGGUGAGAUCUUUUAUGACUAAGAUCAGGAAACUCCUGUAGAUGCCUGGUUUCACAGCCCUGUUCUGGUGAUAUUUCUGCUAGGAGAAAGGCAGUGCAUCUUAGAGAGGGCUGGCUCUCAGAUUUACCUCCAUAUCUAGGUUUUUUAUCUACCUUGUGUGAUUUUUUUUUUUGCCACCGGCAGUUCCAGUGUUGCUCAUGAGUUUUGUUUCCAGCAGUUGAAAACUUCUCACCCAACCUAUUUUUCAGUGAUAUGAAAUGCCUUUUGAAAGGCUGAAAUGCCUUUUGAAACUGUUCUAUGGUUUUAAGAAGUUCCCUGUGAAAAUCCUUGAUUUAUGUAUUAAAAAAAAAAAAAAAAGAAAGGAAAAUGCACAUUUUGAGGGAAGUAGUCGUGGCAGGAAGCCAAGACAAUAAAGAGAGCAGCCUGGAUAAAAUGUGCAGCUUCCAUGAGGCACCAUGGCACCACUUGAAAUGUCAAUAACAUUCUUAGACUGGUCUAUUUCUGUAGGGUAAAAGCCAUGCCUGAGCAUUGGCAGGUAUCCUCUGUAUUAUUCAGAUUUAGCAGAUACUGACAUUUUGCAGUGAAUUGAUUUGGCUCCUGGAGCUGGAGUGAGUCUUCUUUGCUGCAUUCCUCAAGAACUGCCAUGGUUCUGCUGACCUAGAGAGACUACAGGUAAGAAAGUGAAGAAUAUUUUGCAUCCAAAGAUCUUCAAACAAGAACCUUGCAGUCCAGUCAGUACCAUAAAAUAAACAAUGUUGGAUUAAAAACAAAACUGUGGCGUAUUAUGGAAAUCUAAUUGUCAUUUUCUUCCUCUUCCUACAGCAUCAGAACAAUUCAAAGAGUUCUCCAAAUUCAAAGGCCAGUUUAAAUCAUCACAUAAAUUCAAAUCACGUAAGUUCAAACUCCACUGGAAGCAGCUAGUUCCAACUCAGUCCUAUGAAACAACAUGUUGCAUCCUUCCACUAUAAUCUCUGGAGCUUCUGUGGAUGAGAGAGCCUCCACCAUUGAGUGAAAAAAGAAAAUCUGGAUCUCCCAAAAUGGAGAUUUUCCUAUCCAUUCCUUCCAGUGGAGCCUCACAUUUUAAGAAGAAAUUUCCACUCAGGUCUGUUUUUGGAGGUGGCACUCAAGACUGUGUGAAUCAAAUUUGUCUCUUUAGAACAUUGCAAUAGAAAUUCAAUGAACAUGACUACUUGCACGUAUUUAAAUAGCAUCAUACUAGAACUGAAUUUUGUCUUUAUUAUUUUUAAAGAAAAGUUUUGUAAAUUUCUCUAUUGUCUCAGUUUACAUUUUGUACAUUUGUAUUUAAAUGAAAGUCAGACUUUGGAGGUGUAUAUUUUCCAAGCAGCAGCUGUAAAGCCAUGUGUUUUAAGACAUUUUUUUAAAAGAAACAAAAUGUGACUCAAGACUUCCAGAGCCUCAAACGAGAAAUCAUUCUUUUUAGCAAUUCUAGAACAUUCUUCAUAAAUCACUUUACCAGACGGGGGUUUAUCGACAUGCAUUUUUAUGGAACAGUUUAUUCUUAAUUAUUUUACAUCUGUAUAUUUGGGUUACAGCAACACUGCAUACAUUUCUCCUCUUCAUUAGUUUGUAAUGUCUCGCAUUAAAUGCUAAAAGACAAGGUUUUGAUGCAUUCAAGAAUGCAACUUGCUAUGCUGAAGGUUUGUGAUGUCUUGGGACCAGCACAGCUGAGAUUUGCACUUAUGUUGUUAUUCCAUCAAAGGCUUUUUAGUUAGAAAGGGAGCCCUGUUUUAAGCUCUUUUCCUCCACUAGUGUUUGUGCUGUGUCUAAUGACAGAUAGAACAAAGCUGAGGGAGAGGUGACCAGGAAAGCAAAUGUCCAUUUAUUUUUCUAGGACUUCAAACCUGCACCUGCUGAAAUGAGAGCAAAACUCAAAGUAUUCUCCAUGCUGCAGUGAAAAGCCCAAGGUCUUUCCACAGCUGUCCAUAUCAAAGAGGCAGCAGGAGGGAAGUUCAGCAGUCUGGUUUGUGCCAGCCAUGAGAUUUGUGACAGCUUUGUAGAGCUGAGCUGUUGAUGUUCAGAGUGGGAUCUGAGCUGCUUUUGGGCAGUGGCAGAACCUACAGGCUGUGCCUGCACUUAAAAUACUUCCAUGUGUCCUGCAAACACCCCCUGACACAUCCCCUCAAUUAGAUCUUCAGCUGAAUAAAAUGCCAGUGUGAAGUAGUAACUCCCUCUUCUAACUCCAUCAUUCUUUGUCCAGGAUCCUUUAACCAUUGACAAAAACUCUGUCCUCACUAGGAUGAGCAGGAUCAGGCAGGAUCAGUAGCAGUACCUCAGCCAUCAGAAUCAUGUUCUUCUCAAGUAUUUCACUAUUAUUGUUAGGAAUAGCAGAUCAAAAAUAUGGUUACUUCCACGGGAAUUGGAAAACCUUUGUGCCCCCAGCUGCAGGCAGGAUCUCUACAGCCCAAAGUGUUCUGUAGAGUGUCUUGGUUCCCCAUACUCUUAACAAUGAUUUUUUUAUACCUUUGGGUCAUCAGGAACAUCUGAGAGCCACCCUGGUGUGUCUAAAAUCCUGUUAGCCAGUAGUGGAGCUACCCUAGAGUCCAAGGAAGCAAUGUCCCAGUGGGAGUCUGAACAGCCAAAAUUCAUUAGACUGCCAUGUGGAUGUUCUGUGUGGCCAGAGCUGAGGGGGAAAAGGUUCAUGGUGGCAAAUCCCUGAGUGAAAACACACAGGAGUGACAUUGUAAAGCAGCUUGAAGUUGUGAGGCAGAGACAGAACAGGAACUUGCAUAGAGCAGCUGACAGAGAAAAGUCAGGACAAGGAGAUGAGGCUUCAGCCAUUCUCCUAUGUCAGAUGGUGGCAUUGCAGAUCUUACAGAUGAUGCGGGAUUUUAGAGAUGUUGCUAAUUUGGCAUGUGAAGAGUAAAAUUUUCAUUCUUCGCCAUCUCCCAGUAUUGAAAAAUACCAGCAAAUCCCUUACUGAAAGCUGGUGAACAAAUUGCAAAUGUUUAUUAGAGCUGGUCUUACACCUUUUAGAUGCUACCAGCCUUAACUAGUGGUGGGUGACAUUUUAGGGACACCAGUGAAUGACAGCAGUUGUGCCUUGUCCUGCUCUCCUUUCAGCCAGGACAGUCCUCAUUCAGCAGCUCCAGGACUCUGGCAGUGGGGACUUAGGGACAAUGGAAAAUACUGGAAAGAUGAGAGCAUUCAUUCUCCCUGGAUACCUGGAGGUCGUUGUGCUAGGGUUGGAUAUCCUGAAUUCUUGAGGGGGCAUGGAAGAAGGAUGUUUAUGUGCACCUGAAGGCAUCAAGCCUGGGAUGGAGCCCCUCUGAAUCUCAUCUGUUUGGGGCAGUGAGAGAGGAAGGGGAGAGACAGAAAACACCACCAGCUGAGGGAGAUUUUGUGCCACAUCCCUUCAGUGUCUCUGUCCUGACAAACUACAAAUGGUAUUACCCUGCUGGGGUGACAGACUUCAGCACCCAGCCCUGGAAGACUUAAAAUCCAUCAGAAGUGCUGAUGACCAGUCCUAGGGGUCUUCUUGUCAUGGUUUGUCUACAACAAAACCUGCAGGAUCUCUUUCUUGUUGGUUCUUACUUUUGUUGGGAUUUUUUUUUAAUUUUUUCAGCUUUUU